AACGCGCCUGCCUGUCAACCAGGCUGUUUUUUUCCGUGAAAUGGGACGAGCAGGGGCGGGGUUUGUUAUUACACAGAGUGGUGUGCAACUGAGGUAUCAGCUACUAUUCAGCCGCAAAUCUGGAGGUGACAAAAAUGUUCUCUCUUAAAAAAUGGAAUGCGGUAGCUAUGUGGAGCUGGGACGUUGAGUGUGACACGUGUGCUAUUUGCAGAGUUCAAGUUAUGGAUGCUUGUCUUCGUUGUCAAGCCGAAAACAAGCAAGAAGAUUGUGUUGUGGUCUGGGGAGAGUGUAAUCAUUCCUUCCACAACUGCUGUAUGUCACUGUGGGUGAAACAGAAUAACCGCUGCCCUCUCUGUCAGCAGGACUGGGUCGUUCAACGGAUUGGCAAGUGAGAGCAGCGACAUUAAAUUUUUCGUGAAGUUAAAAACUCUUCAUGUGAACUGGAAAGGAGACAUGACAAGAAUGCAUCUUGCCUACUGCAAUGUCUGUUCUGUGGAAUUAUGGCUAUGUUGACAUUUAAACUGGCAAUUUUUUACCAGCAAGGAAACAUGUCCGCAAAAGGCUUUUUCGUAGUAGUGUUUUGACCGUGCCUGUAGAUUGUGUACUGAGCAUAGGCCAAAGACGCCUUUUAAUGCAGUCUCAUGAAAACUAUUGCAUGUGUUUAUCAUAAUUUUUGUGGACUUCAUAUAUUUUACUGUAUAAGGCAUUGACUGUUCAGAACAAUACGCACCUUUUUUUCUGUACAGGUUUAGCACCCUUGUAUCAGGAGCUAUAUUGAGUAGCAUCCUGUUGGAGCAGUGGUGAAAUUCAGUGUUUUACAACUGAAUAUUUGAAUUGUUAUAGAUAAAAUGUUCCUAUAGCUUGCAUGACGGAAAGUAAUGUGAAAAUGUGCAGUAGGAAGUGGUGUUUGCUUUCCGCCUUCCACCUUGUCAGUCUUAUGAAUGCAGUGUACUUCACUAUGAGGUUAUUUUGAGCUGGCCUUUAUAGUGUUGUGGGGCUUCAGGAGAUGGGAGGGGCACCUUCAGAAAAAAAAAUUUGAGGUGACUUUAAAACAGGUAAUUUUCUUAACAAAGGUAUGAAAACUGCAAACACACAGGCUGUAGUUAAGUGGUAAUUGUAAACAGAAAAGAAAGGUGAUAAUGCACUUGAGACUAGUUGACCCUUAAAGGUUGUCUGUAAUCCCUGAGCCUCUUAAGUCUGACUAAAUUGGUGAAGUCUUGGGUUCAAAACUGAUCUCCAAGUAUGGUGAUGCUAUUUAACUGUUUUUAUUUUUCAGUCCCAUAAGCAUGAUGAAAGAAAGAAGCACCUUGAAUUGUUAUUGCUGUUUUUUAGGUGUUCUGGUCUGAGGAAAAGUCAGUUCAGCUCUUAUAGGGGACAGCAGUCCGUCUGUACCCCCCAGGGGGAUUUGUUUUUAAUAGGUUGUUGAUCCAUGUUGUGACCUGUAGCAUUACCUCUUUGUAUACAUAACAUCAGGCUGUUAAUUUCCUAUACAGCAGUUGUUCAAUUUUGGAAGUUGUAUUUCUGUUUUUGUUUUUAUUUGGGUUUGGAGUACAGACCAUACCCCCCUCCCCCGCACAAUAUAGAACAUUGGCUUGUAAAGGGUAUUUGUUUGCACAAUAGAAGUCUUUGAAAUAAAUGGAAUUUUGAAUUGAUACAAAAACUGCUUAAAACACUGAAAUAUUGUUUAGAAUUUCUACUUAUAAAUGCUUGUGAACACUUGCAUCCUAAA